UGUCCCUCUCUUUCUUCUUUGUUUCUUUCAUGAACUCACAAGAUAUAAGGGGCACGCCUCAUAGACAACAACGAAGAUCAAGUACAACACCUCAUCGUACACCCGCGUUUAUUCAUAUUUCAAAUCAUUCCAGACCUCAAUUCAAGCCUCCUAAAGCACUUGAUUUUAGCUCGCUUACUCGACAUGCAAGCAGCUUUAUGACACACGAUCCCGAGAAGGAACCCAUCAAGGCUUACUUGAGAAUUCGCCCUCAAUCAACACACUAUGAUACAAAAUCACCUUAUCUUGAUAUUGUGGAUGAUGUACAAGUGUCCAUGACCCCACCUGAAGAUUCUAAUGCAUAUCGCACAAGAAACAGAUCGCCUGAGAAAUACAAGUUUAGCAAGAUCUUUACUGAAUCUGUUUCUCAAGAACAAUUUUUUAACAAGACAACACUUUCACUUAUCCAUGACGUUUUGCAUGGUGAAAAUGCAUUGAUCUUUGCUUAUGGUGUCACUAAUUCAGGCAAAACUUAUUCAAUUAUGGGCACACCAGAACAGCCUGGACUCUUACCCCGUACUCUGGAUGUGAUAUUCAACAGUAUUGAUCACUACAAGAGUGAUGCUCAAGUCAAGCCUUGUAUGCACAGUCUAGUUCAGACCUACACACAUGCCUCAGAAGAGAACAGAGAUAUCCUUGCUCAGAUACAUUGGGAAUCACCUACUCACCGAGACAAUACCACACUUCAGAUUGAUACUCAUUUUGAAUAUGGUAUUUGGGUCUCAUUUGCAGAGAUUUAUACAGAAAAAAUGUAUGACUUAUUGGUCUCACCUGACCGAUGGUCUAAGCGAAAACCUCUUUCUCUCAAAUACGAGUACAGUAGUGGACACAAAUAUAUCUCAGGACUGAAAGAAAUCAAAGUCAAGACGAUAGAAGAAGCAUAUGCUAUUUUGUUGGAAGGACAAAAGAACAGAGCAGAAUAUGCGACCAUGACAAACUAUACUAGCAGUCGAAGCCAUAGUAUCUUUACUAUUCGUAUUGUCCGUGUGCCUAUUGAUGAACAUAAUUAUGUGAUUGAAGACCCCAUGUAUGCUACAGUCUCCAAGUUUUCAAUUGUGGAUUUGGCUGGAUCAGAAAGAUAUCGAAACACGUUGAACUCAGGGCAGCGAUUAAAAGAAGCAGGCAAUAUCAAUAAAUCCUUAAUGGUGUUAGGUCAAUGUAUGGAAACAUUGCGCCUAAAUCAAUUAAAAGCAGCCAUUGGCAAGAAAGGAGCCAUGGUACCUUAUCGACAUAGUAAAUUAACAGAGUUAUUCAAGAGCUCGUUUGAAGGAGAUGGAAAGGCAGUGAUGAUAGUCAAUGUGAAUCCAUUUGAUACUGGUUUUGAUGAAAAUAGUCACGUGAUGAAGUUUGCUGCUGUUGCUAAAGAUGUAGCCACAUGGCGUCGUAUUCAUCCUAAAUUGGAACUCAAAGAUAUUUCUGAAUUUGUCAACAAACGACUUCGUAUUAAUAGUCAAGAAAAAAAGAUGUAUACUGGUAUAGACACCUUAGUCAACGAAGAAGAAGAAGGCACCUGUGUUGAAGAAGAAGAAGAGGAGGAAGAAGAAGAAGACCCGUUUGUUGAUAACUUAAUUUCCCAAUUGGAUGAUUUGCGUAACAAAUGGAUUGAAGCAGAGACAAGAUGUGCUACUAUGGAAUCAGAAAUUAGACAACAAGUAGCCAAAGAAACAGAAGCUGAAUUAAAGAAGAUGGAGAACAUUUAUAUGAAUUCAUUAAAGAGACAACAUAAUGUGAAUGAAGAACAAAUCAAAGAAAGAUUAGCAGAAGGUGAAGUGGAUCAAGAAUUGAUUCGACUGCAAAACAAUCAAAGUACACUAUCAUCAGAAAUACAGAGACUGAGUACACAUUUGAAUGAACAUGAAGCAACAAAGCAUAGCUUAUUAGAAAAGAUCAAUGAUUUAGAGAAAGAAAAGCAGAAACAGAAUGAACAUAUCAAACAACUCCAUAGUCACAUCAAAGAGAAAGAGUCUACUAUUCAAACAUUACAAACAAGUGCAAUGGAAGUUGAUGCAGACACAAACAAGUUUGAAGCAUUCCUUGACCUAAGAAAACGAUUACGAAGAAGCAUAUUUAGAGGAGAAGAGUAUUCGCAUGAUGCAGACGUGAUUCUAUCUGAAGUAGAACAAUUCAAAGGAGUCACAUUUGAACUUGUCAAACAAACAAGCAUGGGCAAACUCAUGAAACUCAUUACACAACGUACUUUCAAGACUGAUCCUUAUCAUAUCCAUCAAAGAUCAACAGAAUUAUUAAAGCACUAUGCAAAACUGUCUAUACCCGUCUUGGCUCCUACGCAGACUGGCAGAGGAUCUAUGGUUGUCUUGAGUGUCAAUGCAGGCCGUGAAGAAGAAUUGAUCAUGGAAAUGCGUGGUGCUCUAUCGACAUUACAAGAAGAAAACACCAAAUUAAAGCAGAAAUUAAAAUUAAUGCAGGAAGGAUUUAAGCGGUUAAAAGAGGCCAUUGAACAUCCCUCUGAGCCAAAUAUCGAAUUGGAUAGCUUUUCUCUUAUGGAUUCAUCUUCUGAUCAUGUAUUACUUGAAUAA